GUGAGCAACCUCUUACAUGGUUCAUGGGUUUUUUAAUUUUUCAAAGUCAUUCUAUUUUUCUUCAACUUUAUUUUUUAUUUUUUAUAUAGCUUUUAAGCUAAUUAAUUUUUUGUGGGUUUUUAUUUUAUUUUAUUUAAUUGCUGUUAGAUAUGGACCCCAACAGAGAUGUAGAGAAGGUUGGUGAGAAGCAUGAGGAAUUAUCACAACCCCUCAUUGGGCAAAAGACAGAAGGAAAAGAAUUGCAGCUAUGGUUUGUUCUUCUCAGCACAUUUGUGGCUGUUUGUGGUUCUUUCUCGUUUGGGAAUUGUGUUGGAUACUCGUCACCUGUGCAGUACGCUUUAAUGGAUGAACUUCAACUAUCAUAUUCUCAGUACUCUGUUUUUGGAUCCAUAUUGAAUAUCGGUGCAAUGCUGGGUGCAAUCACAUGUGGUCGGACUGCAGAUAUUUUAGGUCGAAAAGGGGCAAUGAAGCUGUCAGCCAUUAUCUGCAUCAUAGGGUGGAUUGGAAUCUAUCAUGCUUCGGAACCUGUUUUGCUAGACUUUGCAAGAUUUUUAACAGGCUAUGCUGCAGGAACUAUUUCGUAUGUGGUGCCUAUGUUUAUCGGUGAGAUAAGUCCGGUUAGCAUUCGAGGAGGACUAGCAGCAUCAAAUCAGUUUACUAACUACCUACUUAUAUGCUUCGCAGCUCUUUAUUGUUAUCGGCUUGUCCGCCUCCUAUGUAGUAGGUGUAUUUGUAACAUGGAGGACACUUGCUAUAACUGGUACAAUCAAAUAUUCUUGGCUGAUGCACUGAUAGCAAGAGUUAUCCCAUGUGUGGUUCUGCUUGUGGGGCUCUUUUUCAUUCCAGAGUCCCCGAGAUGGCUGGCAAUGGUUGGCCAAGAGGAAGAGUCUGAAGCUGCAUUAAGAAAGCUUCGAGGACCAGAUGCUGACAUUUCUCAUGAAAUGGCUCAAAUACGAGAGUACUUAGAGACUCUUGGAACACUCCCAAAAGUUUCAAUAAUAAACAUGUUCGACAAAAGUAAUAUCCGUCCAGUUAUUGUCGCGGUUGGAUUGAUGGCGUUUCAACAGUUUGUGGGAAUCAAUGGAAUAGUGUUCUAUGCUAACAAAAUUUUUGUAUCAGCAGGUUUCAACCCCAAUAUCGGAAGUAUUACCUAUUCUUGUCUACAGGUGGUUGUAACCGCGUUUGGUGCAAGCAUAAUUGAUAGUGCAGGAAGAAGACCAGUUUUAUUGGCAUCUGCAUCUGGGAUGCUCGUUGGCAGUCUAAUAAUUGCGACGUCCUUCCUAUUUAAGACUCAUCAAUUGGCAACUGAUUUGGUUCCGAUUGCAGCAGUCAUCGGUGUUAUGGUUUAUAUAGGCUCCUUUUCAGUUGGAAUGGGUGCAGGACCCUGGCUUAUUAUGAGUGAGGUGUUCCCUCUGCACGUGAAGGGAAUGGGCGGAGGCAUGGUAACAUUGAUGAACUGGUUUGGUGCUUGGGCUGUUUCUUUCUCCUUCAACUUUCUCAUGCUAUGGAGCUCAUAUGGUACAUUUUACAUUGAUGCCUUUGUUUGUGCACUCGCUAUCCUUUUCAUCUACAAUUGGUGGUCCCUGGAACAGAAGGCCAUAUCCUUUCUUCCAUGUGAAAUGACCCUCUUGUACAUGGGUUCUUGUGUUGGUGGAAUACUCUGCAGAACUAUUGUGUUCCAAAACCAAAGCAGUACAACUACCUAUAUGGAAAACAAGGAAGUAAGGAAAGCUCUGCUUGAAGGGGAUGAAGAAACAGCUAAUGGAAAUGGAGUUGAUGAUGGCAAUGAGAUCAGCUCAGUCACGCUCUCUCUUGUGUUCAGUACCUUGGUUGCUAUCUCUGGCUCCUUUGGUUUUGGGACUGCUCUGGGAUAUUCAUCUCCUGCUGAGUCUGGAAUCAUGAAUGACCUGGGCCUCUCGACUGCAGAGUAUUCUGUUUUCAGUUCCAUACUGACAAUAGGGGGAAUAUUAGGUGCAGCAUUAAGUGGGCGAAUAGCAGAUUUCUUUGGUCGGAAAGGCGCGAUGUGGUUUUCAGAAAUUUUCUGCCUCAUGGGAUGGCUUGCAAUAUUAUUUUCUGAGGAUGCUGUGUGGCUAGACAUUGGAAGACUGGUAUUGGGAUAUGGAAUUGGGCUACUUUCUUAUGUGGUACCUGUUUAUAUUGUAGAAAUAUCACCCAAGAAUCGAAGGGGAGAAUUUACAGGACUUAGUCAGUUAAUGGUAGGCUGUGGCCAGUCACUCUUCUUCUUCAUCGGUUUAUUUGUCAACUGGCGCACCUUGGCGUUAAUUGGAACUUUACCCUGUAUGGCACAGCUUCUAGGUCUAUUCUUCAUUCCAGAGUCUCCGAGAUGGUUGGCAAAGAUUGGCCGUGAGGAAUACAAAGCUGUUUUACAGCGUUUUAGGGGAGAGAAUACUGAUAUUUCUCAAGAAGCAGCUGAAAUUAAAGAUUACACAGAAACACUCCAAAGAUUAUCAAAAGCUGCAUUUAUAGACUUAUUUCAAAGGAAAUAUGCAUAUUCAGUCAUUGUAGGAGUUGGGCUAAUGGUGUUUCAACAAUUUGGUGGGCUGAAUGGAUUUGCGUUCUAUGCAACCGAAAUUUUAGAAUUGGCUGAUUUUAAUAACGAGAUUGGGAAGAUGGCAGUGGCUGUUGUCCAGAUUCCAACUUUUAUUCUGGGUGUCCUUUUAAUGGAUAGAUCGGGAAGAAGACCACUUCUGAUGGCUUCUGCAGCUGGAACAUGCUUGGGUUGCCUCCUUACCGGAUUGGCAUUCUUAUUCCAGGACCUUCAACAGUGGGAGGAGGUCACUCCCAUUUUGGCAUUUAGUGGUGUAAUGGUGUAUCUAGCAUCUUUUGCAUUAGGCAUGGCAGGUAUACCAUGGAUUAUAACAUCAGAGAUAUAUCCUAUUACCAUUAAAGGUUCAGCUGGAAGUCUUGUGACUUUGGUCUCCUGGUUUGGUUCUUGGCUUAUUGCUUACACUUUCAAUUUCUUAUAUGGAUGGAGUUCAGCAGGCACAUUUUUUGUAUAUUCAUCCAUUUGUGGGUGUGCUGUUCUAUUCAUUGCAAAAUUGGUGCCAGAAACCAAGGGGCGGACACUAGAAGAAAUACAAGAAUCAAUUACCCAUACUUUUUCACUAAGAGGAAUCUAGCAUAGCAUCUGUGAGUUUUACAACAAAUAUCAAA